CAAUAAGUUUCUCUAGUUCUAUCUGAUUCAGAUGAUAACGGAUACAUUUACAUUUAGAAAUCAGCAGAUAAUAUAAAAAUAAAAUUUCUCUACUUUAUUGAAGCCAGCAGCAAGAAGCUGGCAACGUAAAGAAAACCAGACGAACUAAACGUAAAUAAAUACAAUCCGCUAGGAGGCAGUGACGUCAAGGCGAAAAUCACGAGAGACGAUUAUGAGAAGUUUAUGAACGUAUUUGAGAAAAUUUAACAAUGUUAUAUUGAAUUAAUCUUUUAUCGCAGGCGAAAAGAGAUUAAACUAAUGUAAAAAUGGAGAUAAUCGAACGUCGGAGUAGACGUCCGGAAUCAAUGGAGACCACCGGAGUACUCGUCUGUAAUUGUACUUCUUAUUGCUACUUUACCUUGGCCAUUAUACUUUUCUCGGUUGGAACUGUCAUAACUAUCCUUGCUUUGGACGACAGCGAAAAUUUCUUCUCUAGUUUGGGUCACAUGUGGGUGGUUGGACCGAUUUUUAUAAGUUCUGGCCUCAUGGUUGCUGUCAAAACUAUAGUUUACUUAAGAAGGGAAACUAUGGUCACUUUUAUAUCAAGGCAGAGGUCUUUACUUAGGGAUUUAAAUUAUCCAUUGGACUUAGCAUUUCCAAGAAAUCCCAGCAACAUGACUCUUCCGCCAGCUUAUGACACCGUCGUUGGUGACUGUGGAGUGGCACAGCAUGCCAGGCUGCUCGGUGUCCCCAGCCAGGUGGUGGACGGUGCAGAUUCCGAAGUUCCUCCCCCCAGCUACGAGGAGGCGGUCCUCUUGGGAAGACAGCAGCAAGAACAGUGCACUGUAGUGCCUUCCACGCGGAGAAUGCCCUGUCAAGAAAGUCUGAUAACAGUCGGGACUUUUAAUCAAGAACGAACAGAACCAUACAAGAACGUCUGAAAAGCAUUCUCGAUAAUCAUAAUAUAUCAUACAAAAGCACCCAUUGUAUAACAUUUAUAAUCAAGUUACCGAAGACAUGUGUUAGAAUUUUAAUACAGUAGGAAUAUUUAAUUAGACAUCUCUUUUGGGUUUUGGCUACUUCCGAUAUCGGUGGGAAAGGUUAUUUGGUACAAUACAUGGCUUAUACUUAAAUGAAACAAAAUUUUUUUUAGAUAAAUGGGAGCAAUAAUUUUUUAGUACCACUCUUAUCAAAAAGAUAUCAUUUUGAUAAAUAUGAGGCAGGUUUAUACAAACACUUUGACAUUUUCCAAAAUCAAUUUAUAUGAAACCCCAUCUUUUAUAUAAAUGUAUGUGUAAAUAAGUAUAUAUAUUUUAUAUAUAUAUAUAUAUUAUAU